AUAUGUUCUAUGGGCAAUGUUUUGGCACAUUUUUCUGUUGAGGGUAAACAAGUUCCUUACAUAUAUUUUCAAGUGCGUAAAUUUUUAACGGCUGAAAUACUACCUAUACAGCAUGGAAAACAACAGAGCCCAGAAACCGCCUGACGCAUCAAAGUCAUCACAGUCCCUGACUGAACCGACGGGGCAAGCGGCGGGACAACUUCCAGAACAACCUGCGCAAGUGGACGUCCCCCCCAGAGAUCAGGAGUCUGUGGAUUCUUUGCAGCAACAGCCCUCAGCAGGGCCUGUGUUCCCCAUAAUAGUGAUCAACACCAUGGACCCUCGCUUCCAUAGGCAGCGGCAGUUUAACACGACCCACGACAGGCACUAUAGAUCGAGGCCUUACCCACCUCAACCGCUCUCCUACGACCGUUCGAGGCCUUAUCCACCACCACAAACUGUCACGCAAUACAGCCCACGGCCUUACCCACCGCAAUAUCUCGCCUACGACAGCACAAGAUCUAGAUCAUCGCAACCUGUCACCUUCGUCCUCGAUGACUUUGUAUUCAACGAUAUGAGUGUGAGGCGAGCUUUCAUCAGGAAAGUUUAUUCCAUUCUGAUGAUCCAGCUAUUGUUGACAUUCGGGAUCAUCAGCCUCUUCGUGUUUCACGAACCGACGAAGCAAUACAUACUAAGAAAUAGUCAUAUCUGGUGGAUAUCAGUCAUCGUCAUGUUCGCGACCAUUUUCGCCAUGACCUGCUUCACAAGCGUGCGACGGAACUACCCCACCAACUUUAUUUUCCUUUUCAUCUUCACAGUGGCAAGCGGCUUCAUGCUUGGGUCUGUCGCUGCAACAUUCGAAGGAGAUGCAGUGCUGAUGGCAGUGGGGGCGACAGCAGCGGUUUGCUUCGGACUGACCUUAUUCGCCUUCCAGACCAAAUGGGACUUCACGGUGCUGCGCGGAGCACUGCUGGGUGGCUUGAUCAUCCUCUUCAUAUUCGGCAUUGUCGUCAUGUUCUUCCCUGGAAGGCUCAUGAUGCUCAUCUACUCUUCGCUCGGGGCUUUCUUGUUCAGCCUGUACCUGGUGGCAGACACCCAGAUGAUCAUCGGCGGCAAUCACAAGUAUUCCUUCUCUCCUGAGGAUUACAUAUUUGCUGUCCUCACACUUUACCUGGACAUUGUAAACAUUUUCUUAAACAUAUUAGCGAUCGUUGGAAUCGCAAGAAGUUGACGUAAUAGGGGUUCUACCAAAAAUGUUUUUCUUAGUUUGCUUUGUACUUUGAAGUUUUAUUUCAUUGUAUUUGUAAUUUGUGUUAGAAACAUAUCUUGCAAUCAUCUUAAUGAAACACUGUUGUACAUUAAUUUUUAAAUAUUCGAUAAAAUUCUCUUAUAGGCAAGUGAUACCAAUUUAUUGUCUAAUUACAUACAAUUAUUUGCGAUUACCAAAAUAUAUUCCUACCAGAAUUAUUUUUUUUUUUAAAUUUACCUUACAAAAAUACUCUAAUUUUAUACCAGUUCAUUAGAUAAGAAAUAAUGUUUGAUUAAAAUUAGUUUUAUAAGCAUUUUACUUUAUAUUUUGUAAAGAGACUGAACUAAUUCAUCAAGGUAAUUUUUAGUCACUGCCACCAAGCCUGUAGUAGUUUAAAAUAACAAUGUGUGGCUGUGUGGCUGAGAUAAAUGCAUCUAAGUCUAUGGUUAACAGAUUUACUUGGAGAAUAUAUUAGACGACAAUUUAGUCUAACCUU